AACCAACGCCUAGAGUUUUUAGCCAUUCGAGCGAAAAUCGGAGAACUAAAUACCUGCAUCGUAGUUUUAUAUAAUCCAGCCAGCUGCAACACAUCUUUCGCACAGCAGUACGAAAAGCUCUUACUGGAUCUGCUGGAAUAUCAUUUCGACCGGAUUUUCCUAGUUGGCGACUACAACAUCAACGUCGCUGCGAAUCAACCCACAGCAAACCUGCUCGCGCUACAACGAAUACAUACAUCAUUCAAUCUCACUGUAUUGCCAACGUCAGCUACUAGGAUAACCGAACAUAGUUCUACUACGAUCGAUCUUCUGGUAACCGAUCACCCACAGUUUAUCAAGAAAUCCAAAACUCUCAGUGCAAAUUCGAUAUCGGAUCAUGAAGCUGUGUAUCUAAUUGCCGACUCACGUAUACCCGAAGCACCACCACGACGGAUACAAGUAAGAAAUCUCCGUGGAAUCGAUCCCCUACGGCUGCAAGCAGACUACCAAGCUAAAGACCUCCAGGACAUCUACCUAGAAGAGAACAUAGACAUCAAAACGCAACUACUACACAACGAACUUCGCUCACUGCUAGAUCAACAUGCUCCUGAAAGAACGAUAUAUGUACGAGACAAACGAACCCCGUGGAUAACGAACGAAAUCCAGAACGCGAUUGCAAUUCGAGACCUCGCCUAUUCACUCUAUGCCCGGAAUCCGAACCGUGCCAGAGGAGAUGCGCAAUGGCAGAACUAUAUCUCCAAAAAAAGUAGAACCAACAACUUGAUCAAUACUGCGAAAAAGCGCUACGCUGAUUCACAGUUCAGCAGUGACCUGCCAGCUAAACAAUUGUGGAGCAAUCUGAAGAGAGAGGGAAUACACAACACUAAAACAAACCAUGUCACCGAGGAGUUAGACGCCGAACAACUAAACCAGUUCUUUGCUGAAGGUCAUCUUUCACUUCAACACCAAUCUUCCAUGUCCCUGGAAACGCUGCCCAACGUAUCAACACUGAAUGAAACUGAAGGAGGAUUCCGGUUUAGGAACACAAACGUCGAGGAGAUCUGCAAGAAAAUCUACCAAAUCGAUACCAACGCCAUUGGAACCGAUGAGAUCCCGAUCUCGUUCAUAAAAAUGCUCUGUCCGUUUGUCCUGCCAUUACUCACGCACCUGUUCAACGCUAUCAUCGAAGCUCAAUCUUUUCCUUCCCUCUGGAAAGAAGCUUUAAUAACACCUAUACCCAAAACAUCCAACCCAGCUACAUCCACCGACUUCAGACCCAUCAGCGUCCUCCCCGCUGUGUCCAAGCCAAACAUCAAUCUGGUUACCGUAAAGCACACAGCACAACGACAGCACUAGUAAAAGUCACCCAUGACAUCGUCAGCAACUUUGAUAAUGGUAGAUGCACAGUUUUGGUUCUCGUCGACUUUUCCUUAGCUUUCAAUUGCGUCAAACACGGUUUACUAAAAACGAAGCUUAAGAGGGAAUUCGGUUUUUCAAACUCCGCAUGUAAGCUGAUAUCAUCGUUCCUGGACCAACGGAGCCAGCGAGUAGACCUUGGUAAUACCACCUCGACCGCUAGGAUGUUAACAGACGGAACACCGCAAGGUUCGUGUCUAAGCGCGCUUCUUUUCUCGCUAUACAUAAACAGCCUACCAAGUGUCGUUAAAUGCGAAUAUCAUCUCUAUGCAGACGAUCUCCAAAUAUACGUAUCUGGUCAUAAAAACGAUGUUAACAGACUUAUUCAGCUGAUCAACGCCGACCUCAACGCAAUCCAAAAUUGGGCGAUAGAAAACCAACUUUUUCCCAACCCCAAAAAGACAAAGGCUAUAAUAUUCUGCAAGGAAGGUACGGUAGUGCCGCAGGAAAAUAUUUGGUUCUGUGGUGAAUCCAUUGCACUAUCCAAAGAAGUCAAAAACCUCGGACUCAUCAUGGACUCCAACUUAAAAUGGUGUGCACAAGUCAACGAAAUCACAAAAAAGACCUACAACACUCUUCGAACUUUCCGACGAUUUCAAGGAGUACUUUCCGUACGAACUCGUAAAAAACUCACCCAAGCAGUACUGAUGCCAUUCUUCUCGUACGGAGACAUUGUUUUUUACCCUGGACUCUCAGCUACACAAAAAGAACAAUUACACCGAUGCUUCAAGUCGUCAGUGAGGUUUGUAUACGGGCUACGACGGCGUGACACAACCCGAUUGGUGCGACACACAAUACUGGGAUGCGAUCUUCUCGAAAACUAUCGUCGACGCAUAUGCCACUUUAUGUAUGGGGCCUACCACGGUUUGCAUCCGGACUAUAUUAAGCAUCACGCCCCAAUCGGACGAAACGAACGAGCCAGAUCUUUUAAUAUGCCACACCACACCACCAGCCUGCGAAAAAGUGUCCUAGUGUAUGGAGCGUCCACCUGGAACUCGUUACCACUUUCUGUGAGGCAGCAAAAUUCACUGACAUCUUUCAAAGCGGCGCUCAAUAGAGCCUACUAAAUGAAUCUUCUACUUAACAAUAUGUCU